ACAAAGGGGGAAGAGCGUUUGCCGGCGUUUCUUGUAUGACUGGCAACUUUUUCUCACUUGUUUUGUCUGCAUUUUGAGAUUUUUUGAGUCUUUCUGUACGAAAACCAGUAAUUUUCUGCUGACAUGACCGUGAAAGACAACGAGUGGUUCAGGGAAAAGGUGGCAACCUUCACCAAAGAUGACAUUCCGGUGAUGGCAGAGGAACUGCGGAAGUUGGAUCGCGACACUCGAAAGAAUUUGUACACCGACGUUGAUUUCCACGGCAUUGUCAGGGGUUUGACUCCCGAUUUCGAUGGAGGAAGUCCUGCGUUCUUCGAGAGCUUUGCUGAUCUGGUCCGGCUGCUGUUUGAGUUCAAGAAACCAUCCGAAACUUUUGUCGAAUUCCACGAGCUCUUCAGCAAGAUGGUUGAGCACAUGGACGUGAAUAUCAGAAGCGCUGGAGUCUCUCCUCUGGUUCAUCUGAUCAAUUCGCAUGAAAUUGACUGCCUUGUGCCAGCCCUUGAUUAUUUGUGCCGAGUGGCCAAACUUGCUUCAAACCCUGACAUCGCGAUUGCCGCCCCUGGAUUGAAUGCCCUGACAAGUUUGGUUCGCCUGAGCCCUGAAGGAAGUAGACUGGUGCUUCUGGGCGCUGUCGGAGAGGUGCUGAAAGCUGAUUGGGAAUCCGUCUCGGAGGUCAUUCACAUUAGGGUUUUCAAUCUUGCUGUUGAUGCUGCCUGUGCAUCUGAGGAGUCGCUUAAAGUGGCUGUGGAUAGCAAGAUUCUAUUCCACAUGCAGGAAUGGUUGGAGAGUGACAAGGCUCGAUCAGACCCACUUAGUCUCGUGAAUAUCAUUGAGUGCUUUGGCAAGUUGAGCAAAAUCGAGUGGGGGUUCAACUUUUUGGCAAGCAGUGGCAUUUUGAUCAAACUGGAGGACAGCUUGGUUUCUGAAAAUCUUGGCCCAAUGCAGAGCAUUGUGAUGCCAGAAUUGUACGAGCUGUUUGGAAAUUUGUGCCAAAAUGUUCCUGAGAAAAUUCUCCACGAGUGCCCUCGGUUUGUACCUCACAUCCUCCAAGUUGUGUCCACUGCCAGUGACAGCCCCCAUAUCAUCCGAGCUGAAAUUGCUAUGAUUGGACAGGUUGCUACAAAACUGGGUGGAAAAUUUUACCUCUCACAACAGAAUGAAUUGUUGGACUCUUUCUUCACAUAUCUCAAGAAAUGUGUUCACAGUGGUGCUCAGGAGGACAAAAUGUGUGUCUUGGACACUUCUGCUGCUCUUCUCUUUGUAAAGAGUGAGGAGCAAGCUGGGGAAAUCUGCUUGCUGACCAAAAACUGGUUCGAAAACAUCUUCACGUCUGUGCGUCACGUUUUCGAAAUGUGCAAUGAGCCCUUCACCGAGACGGUGCUGCCCGCCCUGCAGCUCCUCUUGGUCAUCAGUCAGCAGCCGUGGGGUGAAAACGCCAUGGCCGAGACUCCCGGCCUGCUGGAGUGGCUGAUCAACCGAGAGGCUGCUUGUGGUGUGCACAAAGGCAGUGGCACCGGUGGAAACCCAGACGUCCUCAGAGCCAAGCACGACAUAGCCAAAGUGCUCAGCUACAACCCAGAUCUCAAAGUCACACCAAGGCAGCGGACCGAACUGGCUGAUUUUGUCCAGCAGGGACCCUUCUUCAAACGAGGGCUCUACGAAGUGGCCACCGAGGCGCCUGGAAACUGAGAGUGAAACGGGACUGAAUUCGAUGAGACUGGAUCACACCUGCUUUUUAAUUACAUUUUUCUCUCCUUACUCCAGUUUAUUCAUUUGUAAAAGUAAGUUUUCUCCAAUAAUAAAAUAAAAGUUUAGUCACCAUUAAUG